AUGGCGUUCGGGGGCUCUGAUGGCAAGCUUUGUGUGUUGGCCACCGACACAAUGACGGUGGAGCUGACCCUGGAAAUGGCAAACUGGCUGACGUCCCUGGCGUGGAGCAGCUGCGGGGAGCGGUUGGCUGCCGGGUGUGAUGAUGGCAAGCUGCAUGUCUUCCGCGCAGGCUCACCUGAGUGCGCCAUACAGCACGAGGACCGUAUUUGGGCCAGCACGUUUCACCCCGACUUUGCGCACGUCGUCGCCACCGGCGCGGUCGACGGAAAGAUUCGCAUCGCCAGCACCACCACAUCCACGGCCGAAUCCGUGUCGCGCGGGAACGAGGUAGUCACAAGUGCUGCCUGGAACCCAGCCGGCGACGCACUGGCCGUGGGAGGGGAUGGCGGCACGCUGAGGUUCUCUCUGGACGAAGUCUUCGACGAUGUGCCGAAGAGGGGAGGGUACUCGGCAGUGCCUGGAUUCGAGAGGUUUUCGCCUCCGAAGGCAAAAGACGCCAUUACGGUUGAGACGAAGGACGAAGGUGGCAAGGUGUUGGACAAAGGCGCACCGGAGGUCACCUUCAGUUUGAACGUGAGCCCGGUCUUGCUUUCGGUGCUGGACCAGAUCGCGAAAGAAGUGGAG